CGCCUUUUCGGCUCCGCGCGGGCGCGCCUAGGCGAAUUGUGAGCAAAUCAGGGCCUUCAGUGGGCCUUCACCAUAGAACGAUUCACCAUGCCCGAGACUCAGGACGCAUUAACGCGCCGGGCAGAGUCCAACAACGCGCGCGCCGCCGAGCCGGUUGCCGCGGCGCUCGCUCUCCUCGCGCCGCGUGGGCUCGGCCGCCUCUCGUGCUCUUCCCGCCUCUGGCGCGACGCGGCGGCGAAGGUCGGCGCGCCCCUGCACGUGUACGCGAUCUCCUCUCAUAGCAGCGACAUUACGCCGGGGAUAUACGGCGGCGAGGGUGAGCACUACGGCAUUGCGUACCUGGGCCAGGAGCCGCCGCCGUUCGAUUGUUGCCGCGGCCCUUCCGGGGGCAUCCUGGAGCUCAGCUUGAUCGGAAGGGACGACGCCCGCGACGACGGUGCGCGAGAGUGGCCCGACGACGUCGACUCGGACGUGGAGCAGCACGUCUCCUUCGCGGCCGUCACGGUCACAUGCUCCGGCCCGGCGGUCUCCGACUGUGCGCAAAUUAACCAGUGAGUCGGGCGACGCGUCGCGACAAUUUGAUUUAUGCACAGGUCUCCGAGAGCGUCGAUCCGGUGAUUCGGGCGCUCAACGCCUCUGGCAUGCUCGAACAAGACAUCGCGGAGAAUGGCAAAAUCCGCUUCAAUGCCAUCGAAGCCGGGGUCCUGAAAUUUGCUCCGAAUCGGCUGGCGCGCCUGCCUCGGGCCUGCGACUUCCUGCCCGUGCCCCUUCUUCGCCAGAUCGCGCAGAAGAUCGUCGAGGCGAACGACAACUUGACGGGGGGCUGGACCAUCAUGGGCACCGACUGGGCUAGCUCGCUCCUCGGCGUCGCGCCGCCGCAGGGCUGGGAAUCACCACUGGCGCUCUCGGACCUGCGGGAUCGCCUUCGCAUCACAAGAUUUGAGUGGGAAGCCCCGCGGCGUCAGAUAGAGACACCAAACUACGACGCUACGUUCCUGUGGAGAGUGCUGCUGAGAGAGGGCUUCGGGAGAGAGGGCUUCGUGGUCGACCUCGAAUACAAGGGCCUCGUCGACCGCGUCCUUGGGCCACACAUCUCUACGCGGCCGCCGUCCGCCGGCGAGAAGCAGGAAUUUGCGGACCUCAUGAACACGCUCGACGACGACGAGCGCGCCCUAUAUUUCAAGAUGGUGUUCCGCGGAGUCCAAGUCGAUAGGGCACUCGAAGCGGAGGCCAAGUUCACGGUGCCUCUGCUCGACGGCGUGAAGGUCCUGCGCCUCAACAUCUGGCGCGAGAUCAUCAGAAGGGAGCACGGCCUCCACCUGGUUGGUUGAGCGAGCCCGCGAGACGCCGUCCGCCGGCAGGGGAAGCCUAAGGCAAGAAAUACAA